AUGCUGGCAGGGCCUUCCUCAACAGGACAAGGCUCACCUGUUACCUUGAUACCCAAUGAACGUUGGGUACCGCCUACACCUUCCACCCGAUCUCGAGCGACGUCCGAAGCACCCACUGCGAUCAGUCAUGCCAUCAACCAGCCGUUUCAACCUCCGGCACAAGUGACUCCAGCCAAUACUCUAGUCUCUAUUUCUUCUAUCAUCGCACCGAAUCAAGCUUGGACAAGAGCGGUGUCGGAAAUGUCACAAAACGAACAUCAUCAAGAGAAUCAGGUAUCGGUAAAACUUACCACAGCUGAGAAAGCUGCGUCAUCAUCAACUUUCCUUCCUUCCCCUCGAUUAUCCCAUAACCUGAAGAAUGGACCCAUAAAGAUUGAAAGCUUCGUUCCAACUCCUCGUCACACACCGAGACCAUCUACUCACAUCAAUCCCCCUGGUCAUACUUCGGAAUCAAGCUCAUCGGCAAUACUACUUUCAACCUUACCAGACAAUCCAUCAUCCAAAGCUGCAGGAAAAAGGAAAGCCGAUUCUGAGCUUCCAGAAGAAUCGCCUUUCAGAUAUAGAGAUGGAAGUAUCUUCACUUCUGUAAAAAGGGAAAGGGGAAAAUUAUCUUCUUUGACCGAUCUCAAACCUCAUAACCCCAUCCCCAUCUUACCUCUUCCUCUACCAUCCAAACGUUUCAAAAAGGGACCAACUGCCAAAGCUCUUUUAAUUCCUGUUGAACAAUUACCAGUAUUCCCUUUACCCCCUAUGCCUCCUAUCAAUAACCCUGAUCUGCUCAAGCAGGUAUUCACCCAUCAGAGUUUGUUUGAAAGACCGAAGGGAAGGUUUGAAGAUCCUGAGAAUGAUCCGAUCAAACAUUAUGAAAAGUUGGAACAUGUCGGAGAUUCGAUAUUGGGUGUGAUUGUGACUACAUGGUUACAUGAGACUAAACCUAAUUUGACUAUUGGUACUGCUACAAAACUCAAAGCCCACCUAGUAUCCAACGCUACCUUAUCCCACCUAUCAGGUCUAUACAAUCUCCCUCAACGACUCAACGGUCAUCCAGAGCUCUUACCUGUACUCAGAGCCCAGACUGAUGUCAGAGCAGCAUUGAUGGAAGCUUACAUUGCUGGUCUGUACUUCUCCUUCCCCCUUGAAGAUAGGUUGGGUGAAGGGAUCAAAGCGAUUGAUAAUUGGUUGAGAGGGAUGUACGAACCAUUAUAUGAUUUUUUCUACAACUACAUGAAGAAAGAAUUCGAACAACAUCAUUUGACUGUCGGAGCGACAUCUGAUGGACGAUCGAUUUAUCUAGAGAACGAAGAGGAGUUGAAGAAAGCGGAUGAAGCUGCUAUAGGGAUGUCAAAGCUGGUCGAAUGCUAUUGUUCUUCAGCCGAGAGGGAACUAAGAUGGCAAGAAGAAAAGAUAUAUACCAAUCAAGGAUUGUUAUGGAAGACCAAGUGUCUAGUAGAUGGGAUUGAAUUAUCAGAAGCGCUGAGAUCUUUUAGAAGGAUUGCGAAGAAUGUAGCGGGGUUGACUGCAGCUAAGAAGUUGGGAUUGACGAACGAACCUUAG